CAUGCAUAUGUAUUGAGGCUUCUAUGUGAUUGUGAUUUGUGAUUGCGGUAUUGGAUUCAAAUAUGGAUACAAAGAAUGGGGGGUGAAGUGCAGAGGAGGAAAUGGCAACAAUACCGAGGCCCUUGAUUUGGGAAAUAUGAAGAAGAGCAGCCCUUUUUUAGUGAGACAGUUCGGCGGAGGAUCUGGUAGUGAUCAAUUCAGCAAAGAGAGCAACAAUCUUUAACAUCUCAACCCCUACAACUACUUUAAAAUGUCCUCUCUCUCUCUCUCUUACUGUUUUGUGAAUGUGAAUGUGAAUGCAGUGGUGAAGGGUAGUCGCAAGAGGUGAUGUAUUGGCUUUAUAUAGAUUGAGUUGUCUGCUUCAAACUAUGUCUAAUCACUAUCAUCCUCUUUUGUUUAAAAUAAUGUAUUUGGGUUCACUGUGUUUUGCUGCUUUUUAUCUUAUCCAUUUCAUUUUAUGAAUCAGAUGCUUUGGGUUUAAAUGAAUGCAUCCUGCUCUGUAUUUCUUAGCAAAGAAAUUUUAUCCUUGUUUGAUUUAAACUCUGAUGAACCCAAUGCCAAAUCCUUUUUGUUUUUUUGUUUCAAGAACAGAAAUUUAUCCAAAACCCCUGAAAAUUUUGGGACUACAUUGUAGAAUGUGGUUUUGAAGUUUCUAGCAACAGAUGGCUUGGUUUUCUUUGCAGUCAAGUGGAUUUUGUUUGAAUUUUUAUUUUGCUGAUAAGUUUCUAUCUCCUUCAUCUUGAUUUUCUCAUUUUCUUCCAUAUUUCUGUUAGAUUUCCUUCCUUCUAAGGAAAAAUGAUCAGAGUCGAUGGACGGAGAGAUCGCCACCGACAAAGAUUCCAUUGACCUCAGGUUUUAGUGCAGAGGGUUGGAUCAUGGACAAUCGAGCGGGUUAAGUGAAAAAAGUUCGAGUUUGUGCUGGUUACAGAGCAUAUCCAGUGAAACCUACUUAGAGAUGGUCCUUCUUUGAAGAAAAUCUCGGAUACCACUAAUGCUGUUGGCUCUUGUAUUUUGGAUGCUUUCUUUGUGUAGUUUUGUUUGUUUCAAGCUUAUCUUAGAGGUCUUUCAGGUUUUUUGGGUUUUAAUGCUUGCAUUUAGUUUGAUGGCCUUCCUGUUAAAUUGCUGGGCAGGAGUUACAUCAUUAGCAAAGCAUUUCUUGGGUCAAUUUUACAUUGUUGCUGCUGUGUUACCUGUUUAUAAUCCAUUAUGGCAAUCUUCCAGUGGAGCAAUGAGAUGAGUUUAAAUUUUAUGGUGAAGUCUUACUGAUUUUCACAGGGUAGAGAAUUAGGCAUGUUUGUUGGUUCAGGGAUGACUUUAUGUAAUCACAAGUUUUGUUGGUUCUAUAUAGCAAACUUGCUGCAACUUAUGAUGCCAUGGGUAGAUAGAUAACUGUUAUCUCCUCCAACAUGGCACCAUUCUUUUUUUUUUU